CGCUCAACCUUUCCUAUACUUUCAGCGAUUUUGCCUUUGAUUGCAAGCCAGGACUUGUGACGCCGAUUCACUUAUUACCAGCGAGCCACAUCCACACGAUGGCUAACGAUAAGUUCAAUUUGCAGCAUCUCCUGGACUACGGCCUAUCAUCAGAAGACAACGAGGAAGUGAUCAUCAUCUUCCAAUCUGCAUUCCAGUCGCUUUCUGAGGCAACAGCCGACGAACAAGCUCGGGACGUCGCCUCGCAAUUGCAAAAGCUCGUGUCCCCCGAGAAACCGAUAACCCAGUUCGGGAGCACCUGGGAAGCGUUUCUUAGCGUCGCAAGAAACAUUCCUUAUCGAGACCACGAGGGACAAGACUUUAUCAUAAAGGUCAUUCGCGUGCUAGUCGCUACACCGCCAUGGGGUGAUCUUCCUGGGCUGGCGCAGGUCAUGAGAACCAAUUGGUCAGCAGACCCAACGUUCGAGACUGUGGAAGGACAGGAACUAGGUGAUGAGUAUCCUUAUAGUGAGUGGCUGAACUUGAAUUCAUUCAAUGCCCGACUCUUUGGAGCAGGUCUGGUUGAAUGGGAGAGCUUCGUUAUCUGGCAGAUGAGGCAAGCUCUUGAGGAGGACCUGAGCCCUAAUGCGGCCACUGAUCUGAGGCUUUCCGUCGCCAGCGAAUGGGCGAUCCACGCUGGGCCAGCCCUCCUCCGGAAGUGCCUAGUGGAAAGACGAGAUGUCACUGAAGGUGACAAGAGGUCGCGUGGACCUGGUCCCUUGUAUACUGGACAUGGGGCGUUGAAUCUCGAACGUUGGGGAUUUUGGAAACGGAGGUUUGAGGAACUUCGGCUUGUGGUCACUGGGGAGGAAGCAGUUGCAAGUGUUGACCAAGCAAUACAAUGCAUGGCAGCAGCGGCGACAGCGCUCGCACAGGCAGACCUCAAAUGAAACGUCUCUACCUCUAAGGUAGUUGUACGUUGCCUUCAGCAAUCGCUAGUAUCGAGUCAUUCUUGCAUUAGACAGUUAUACCACCGCUUUUCAUAGACCUCAUGCCGCUUUUGACGGAGCGCACGUAACCGCUUAACCGCCACCACCUUUACGGCCCGUCUGCUCCCUCUCGUGCGCCCGCGGCUGCCGCUUCCAAAAUCUCCUCCUUCGUGACCCCAAGCGCUCCGGUUCCGCUCAGGGCUGCCGCUGUGGGGGUUGGUGUGUCUGUAU